AUGGUGUGCAGUGACAAGGAAUUUGUCAAGUACAUUACCGAUCUAGAGACGGACCAUGACCUGAAGAACCAACAAAUCACUGCAGCAAAGCUUAUGAAGCUGGCGGAGAAGAAGUACAAGAUCAUGGUAUUGCUAGAGAAGUGGGAAGCUCCUACGCAAGUUGAUGAGCAAAUCAUGGCAUUGCAGGCCAAGAUUUCCGAUAUGAAGCAGAAGUUUGAAACCAAGAAGAAAAGAAAGAAAGAUGACGAUGACAAGAAGCCAGCUCCAAGAAAGAAGAAUCAGAAUAUAUAUAACUGA